AUGCCGCCAUUUCUAUCUUUCUUCUUCAAUAGUCCGCAGGUAAACUCUCCUUUCUCGGAUCAAGUAUAUUCUCCUUUCUCAUAUAAAGUAGACUGUCCUUUCUCGGAUCAAGUCGACUGCCGUUUCUCGAAUCAAGUAGACUCUCCUUUCUCGGAACAAGUAGACUUUCCUUUCUCGGAUCAAGUAGACUGUCCUUUCUCGGAUCAAGUAGACUCUCCUUACUCGUUUCAAAUACAUAGCUCUUUCUCGGAUCAAGAAGACUCUUCUUUCUCGAAUCAAGUAAACUGUCCUUUCACGGAUCAAGUAUACUCUCCUUUCUCGGAUCAAAUAGUCUGUCCUUUCUCGGAUCAAGUAGGAUGUAAUUUCUCGGAUCAUGUAGACUGUCCUUUCUCGAAUCAAGUAGACUCUCCUUUCUCGGAUCAAGUAGACUUUCCUUUCUCGGAUCAAGUAGACUCUCCUUUCUCGGAUCAAGUAGACUGUCCUUUCUCGGAACAAGUAGACUCUCCUUACUCGUUUCAAGUACAUAGCCCUUUCUCGGAUCAAGAAGACUCUUCUUUCUCGAAUCAAGUAAACUGUCCUUUCUCGGAACAAGUAGACUCUCCUUACUCGUUUCAAGUAUAUAGCCCUUUCUCGGAUCAAGAAGACUCUUCUUUCUCGAAUCAAGUAAACUGUCCUUUCUCGGAUCAAGUAGACUGUCGCUCCAGAAUAACAACGAUAAUGACUUAA